AUGCCUCACUCGUUCGGUUCCAGGGCGCGUACGCGCCACAUGUUCAAGCGCAACUUCCGUGAGCACGGCGCUGCCAACAUCUCGACUUUCCUCCGUGUCUUCAAGGUCGGAGACAUCGUCGACAUUGUCGCCAACUCGUCGGAGCAGAAGGGUAUGCCCCACAAGUUCUACCACGGCAAGACCGGCAUCGUCUUCAACGUUGCCCCCCGCGCCGUCGGUGUCAUCGCCUACAAGGUUGUCAACGGCCGCUACAUCGAGAAGCGCGUCAACGUCCGCAUUGAGCACGUCCGCCACUCCAAGUGCCGCCAGGAGUUCCUUGACCGCGUCAAGUCGAACGCCGCCAAGAAGCGCGAGGCCAAGGAGAAGGGCGAGACCGUCGUUCUCAAGCGUCUCCCCGCUCAGCCCCGUGAGGCCCGCGUUAUUUCGAUCCAGAACAACGUUCCCCAGACCCUCACCGCCCUCCCCUACGAGACCACCAUCUAA